AUGGCGGGGUACAAGUCGGCGACCGAGAUCCUCGACGAGCUCGACAGGGGCGCGUCUGGCGAAGACAUGCGCGUGUCCUCUAGCGGCGACGACGAACUCGGCGGUGUUAUCUUCAUCUGCAGCCGAGACACCUACGACGAGCGCAUGCGGAAUGGCCUGUUUGGCCUGACCCAGCAGUCGUGGUCGUUCGUGAAGGACAUCAAGCCGGGGAUGCCCCUGUUCCUCUACAACCUGUCGGAGAAGAAGUUCCAAGGCGUUUUCGAGGCGGUCAGGUGCAAGCCCACCAGGGUGCAGGGUUCCCUGUCUGCGGCGUCGUGCCGGAACUGGAUCCGCACGCUGAGGCCGCUCGCGGACGACUCGGCCAACAAGAAGUUCCGCCUCGAUCUCAACCCGGCGGAGACGGCGGCGUUCAUCAGAAUGUUCGUCUUCGGCGUCAAGGCGGAGUACAUGAGCUCGCAGCAGCCCGGAUCCCCCGCGGCGGCUAACGGCCACCACGACGCCGACGGCUGGGAGACUGUCGGGCCGAAGAAGAAGGAGGUGAGGAAGGACGGCCGCGCCUCCUCGGGUCCGAGGAGGAACGGCGACUCCGGCAUGGGCGGGCGUAAGAGUAGCAUCGCGUCCAUCUCGAACGCGGGCGAUAACUCCGGCAUGGACACCCCGGACGAGGAGCCCGGGUCGCCCGCGGCGCCGCGGCCGGAGAGGGCUCCCACGGGUUGGGCCGCCAUCCUCACCGGACGGGCGGAUUCCGCCAGCCUGCCCACCUCCGCCGCCGAGGCUGCCGCGAAGGAGGCAGCCGCGAAGGAAGCCGAGCUCCUCAGGAUCAAGGAGCAGGAGGCUGAGAGGAUCAGGAAGGAAAAGGAGGAGGCCAGGGUACGCGCCGAGGCUGAACGGAUAUCCAAGCAGGCCCAUUCCGAGGCGCCCGGCUCGCCCAAGACGGAGCCAAAGCGGGUCGCGUCCCCCGCUCCCGGUGCUACCAAGCUCACCGCGGCUGCCAAGGAACCGGUUCGCGCGCCCGCUCAGGCGGCGGCGUCCUCGGAUGGCGCGUCCAAGCCUUUCAAGGGCUGGGCGUCGGUCGUGACCGGAGCCACGCCGGAUCCCGCGAAGGAGGGCUGGCAGACGCUAGUGGAGGGCAAGCUCGAUGCAGAGAAGCAGUCCACCGCGACGGUGACCAUCACAUCCGAGACCGUGAACGGAGCCCCCAUCGACGCGGCUGUCAAGAAGGCGCCUCCCGCGGAGCAGGUUUCGGAGCCGCAGAGUCCCAACAAGUCUCCCGCGAGUUCCGUUGAGAAUGACGACAUGACGCCGCUCAAGAAGGCCUGGUCCGGGUGGGCGGUCAAGAACCCUCCCCCGACGGUCGAUCUCAAGGCUGAGAUGGAGGAGGAGGCGAAGAAGGCGGCCACGAAGGUGAAGGCUGUCACGAUCGAUCCCGCCUCCUCCCCAGGCGUCGAAGACGGCGUCGAGGGAAAGAAAAAGGAGGGCAAGAGGGAAAAGAAGGAGAAGAAGGAGAAGGACGGCGGCGACGGGAAGGCCACCCGCGGCGUCCCGCAGCCCCAGCGCGGCAAGAACGCCCAGGGUGCCAACGCCUCGCCCAGGCCGCCCCCUCCUCCCACGUCCCCGCCGCUCGCGUCCCCCAACGGCGUGGGCGCGCCGGCGAGACCGUUCUCGGCGGCUCCCGCGCCCCCCCGAGAGCCUGCGGCGGCGCCCGAGGGAGCGAUCGUGAGCGAGGUUGGAUGCGCGGAGCUCACCGACGAGAUCCGCGCGAAGCUCGCCGAGAGGAUCGGACGGGAGAUGCUCGAGACGGCGAGGGUGCAGCCCUUCUCGGUGAAGGGCAACGUGCUUCGCAUCGAGCGCAGGGCCGUGGACAUGCUGAUCCGCACGAUGAACGCGAUUGUGCAGUCACUCUACCCGACCGCAUCUGUUGAGGUUUUCGGAUCGUUCCCCACGGCGUCAUGGGUGCCCGGCGCGUCCAACCUGGACAUCGCGCUGUCCCUUCCGGAGGCGGUGACCUCAGACCCGCAGAAGAAGCUCGACGCCCUGAAUUCCCUCGCCGUGGCUCUGCGCGCGAACCCGCACUGGGUAAGCGAGGUGAACGUGGUUCCGUCGCCGUUCAGACCGCUGAUCCUCCUCACCACGCACUCUGCGUUCUUCCAGCCCCCCCCGCCUCCGCAAGCUGCGCAGGGACCCCGCCCUCCCCCAGGCGCUCCCCCCACCGCCAACGGAGGCUCCCCCGGUGCCAACAGCGACUCGCCUGGCGCUCCUCCGCUGCCUCCCGGACCUCCCCCGCCCGCCGCGUCCGUCGGCUUCGGCCUCGGCAACGGUGGAGUCGGCCUGCCGCUCGAAGUGGCCAUCUCCAUCAAGGGUAAGGACCACAAGGGUGCCGCGGCGAUGAAGUUUUUGCGCCAGGCUGAGACGGAGUACCCCGCUCUCGCGCCGGUGCUCGCGGUGCAGAAGGCGUACCUCGCUAACCGCGGUCUGAGGGGUGUCUACAAGGGUGGCAUCGGCUCUUACUCGCUCGCGUUAAUGGCGCUUCACUCGAUGCAGCAGGCUGCGGCGAAGAGUGCCGGCGCGGAGGGUGGAUCGGGCGCUGGGGAUGACGACGCGAAGGAUGCCAAAAUUCUCGGCGAUUCCCUCCUGCAGUUCCUGGAGAUGUACGGACACACCGUGGACCUCACCAAGGCGUCCAUCAAGGUGCACGCGCUCAAGCCCGGCAAGGGUAAGAAGGCUGCGGAGGCGCACGAAGCUGCGAGGAAGGCUGAUUGGGGCGUGCUCCCGGCGCCGACGAGCGGCGAUGGGCCCCGCGCGGCGAUGGGCGGCGGUACGCUGCAGGUUCAGGAUCCCACCCAAACCGGGAACAACGCGGGAAGUGGGUGCUUUGGGGUCGUGGGGGUGCAGGCAGCGUUCAAGGAUCAGCUCAAACAGCUCAUGGCCGUCCCCGCGGACGCGUCAUUGCUUCAGCACAUUCUCACAGGCGCCCCCGGGAAGGUUUGCGUCGUGUAGGUUUGGCCGGCACGAAUGACACGACACGAGACGAAAAGGAAAACUAUUCCUUCCCUCUCGGAUGAUGACGAUGAUGACACGUUGAUAUUAAUAUUACUACGCUAUACGUAUGAUCA